AGUUUCAACACAUGCCGGCUGCCAGAUGAACUCAAAGCGUAAACCAUUCACAAAACCGAACGAAGCACCAUCAACUUCAAGCGGUCCGAAAAAGUUUCGUGGAGAUGACGAUGAGGAAGAGUUCGAAAGUUACUUCGAGGCUGAAUUGGCCAAUUUCGACGACGAUGCAGACACGGCACGCAUCGGUCUGGGACCGGAGAAUGAAAACACUUGCGCUAAAUGGAGCCGCCCGGAACCGGCUCCACUCGAUCCCGCUAAGGAGGCGCUCGUUUUUCAGCAACUCGAUAUCGAUAAUUACAUCGGACAACCGAUGGCCGGUAUGCCCGGUGCACAGAUCGGUCCAAUUCCAAUAAUGCGAAUGUUCGGUGUAACGAUGGAGGGCAAUUCGGUGUGCGCGCACGUGCACGGAUUUUUGCCUUACCUUUACGUGGCAGCACCACGUGGUUUCACCAAAUCGCACCUGCCGGAAUUUCGUACCGCGCUCGAUAAAGCCGUACUGCACGAUAUGCGCUCGAACAAGGAUAAUGUGCAGGAAGCGGUCCUGGACGUGGAACUGGUGGAAAGACAAUCCAUCAUGGGCUACAAUGGGGAGGAUUUGUUUCAAUUUAUACGCGUUACCGUAACGCUGCCGAAGUUGCUGGCGGCGGUGAAGCGAUUACUGGAACGAGAACACAUGAUGCCUUCGAUGGAUUUCCAGGACUGCCGGGUUUACGAAAGUAACAUCGAUUUCGAUAUUCGGUUCAUGGUUGACACUGGUGUGGUGGGAUGUAGCUGGAUAGAAAUCCCCCCGGGCAAGUGGAGCUAUCGGCAGAAGGGAAAACAUCCGGCACCGGAAACACGUUGCCAGAUCGAGGUGGAUGUCGCGUUCGAUGGGUUCAUUGCUCACGAACCGGAAGGUGAGUGGGCCAAGGUGGCACCGUUUCGCAUUCUUAGCUUCGAUAUCGAGUGCGCCGGUAGGAAGGGAAUUUUCCCCGAACCACAGCACGACCCAGUGAUUCAGAUCGCCAACAUGGUCAUCCGCCAGGGUGAACAGGAACCAUUCCUGAGGAAUGUUUUUACGCUGAAAGCUUGUGCACCGAUCGUUGGCGCGCAGGUACUUAGUUACGCGACGGAAGCAGAAUUGUUGGAUAAGUGGGCCUGCUUUGUGCGUGAGCUCGAUCCGGACAUUCUGACUGGGUACAACAUUAACAACUUCGAUGUACCGUACCUGCUGAACCGUGCCAGCCAUCUGAAGGUGAAAGGCUUUGAGUAUCUUGGCCGAGUUACCAAUAUCCGUUCCGUCAUCAAGGACACCGUCAUUCAGUCGAAACAGAUGGGCCGUCGGGAGAACAAAUUCGUAAACUUCGAGGGGCGUGUACCGUUCGAUCUGUUGUUUGUGUUGCUGCGUGACUACAAACUACGCUCGUACACGCUCAAUGCGGUCAGUUACCAUUUUUUGCAGGAGCAAAAAGAGGACGUACAUCAUAGUAUUAUUACGGAUCUGCAGAAUGAAAGCGACCAAACACGUCGUCGAUUGGCGAUGUACUGUCUCAAGGAUGCCUAUCUUCCGCUGCGCUUGCUUAACAAGCUGAUGUGCAUCGUAAACUACAUGGAAAUGGCACGUGUGACGGGUGUCCCACUGGCAUGUCUGCUAACACGUGGUCAGCAAAUAAAAGUUAUGAGUCAACUGCUUCGCAAGUCCAAGGUGGCUGGCUACCUGAUCCCUUCCUAUCAGAGUUCCGGCUCGGAAGAACAGUAUGAAGGUGCGACCGUUAUCGAGCCGAAGCGUGGUUACUAUGCCAACCCGAUCUCUACGCUCGAUUUUGCCUCCCUGUACCCUAGCAUCAUGAUGGCCCACAAUCUGUGCUACACCACACUCGUCCAACCCAACAUGAAGGACAAACUGGGUCUCGAUCCGGACCAGUUGACGCACACACCGGCAAACAAUGUGUUUGUGAAAUCAUCCGUCCGGAAAGGGAUUUUGCCGGAAAUUCUAGAAUCUCUAUUAGCGGCACGAAAGCGCGCGAAAGCCGAUCUUAAAGUAGAAACCGAUCCAUUCAAACGAUCCGUACUGGAUGGACGACAGUUGGCGUUGAAAAUAUCCGCCAACUCGGUAUAUGGAUUCACCGGUGCGCAGGUGGGCAAGCUUCCUUGCCUAGAAAUAUCCGGCUCCGUAACGGCAUACGGCCGGACUAUGAUCGAACAAACGAAGCAAGAAGUCGAACAGCGCUACACGGUCGAGCAUGGGUACGAAAAUGAUGCGGUCGUCAUAUACGGCGACACUGAUUCGGUGAUGGUAAAUUUUGGCGUUAAAACGCUCGAACGUAGCAUGGAGUUGGGCAAGGAGGCGGCCGACUAUGUAAGCGCCAAGUUCGUUAAACCGAUCAAGCUGGAGUUCGAGAAGGUUUACUAUCCGUACCUGUUAAUCAACAAGAAGCGUUACGCCGGCCUAUACUUUACCCGCCCGGACAAGUACGACAAGAUGGACUGCAAAGGCAUCGAAACGGUGCGGCGCGAUAAUUCUCCACUCGUGGCAAAUUUGAUGAACAAUUGUCUUCAGAAGCUGCUGAUCGAGCGCAAUCCGGAUGGAGCGAUCGAGUAUGCGAAACAAACGAUAUCCGACUUGCUUUGCAAUCGGAUCGAUAUCUCGCAGCUCGUUAUAACGAAGGAACUAGCGAAGAGUGAUUAUGCCGCCAAGCAGGCGCACGUGGAGUUGGCCAACAAGAUGAAGAAACGUGAUCCAGGAAAUGCCCCCAAGUUGGGUGAUCGUGUACCGUACGUGUUAAUUGCGGCGGCUAAAAAUACACCCGCCUACAUGAAGGCGGAAGAUCCGAUCUACGUGCUGGAAAACUGUAUACCGAUCGAUGCGAACUACUAUCUCGAUAAUCAACUAUCGAAACCGUUACUGCGCAUCUUCGAACCUAUACUGGGCGAGAAAGCGGAAUCGAUCCUGCUUCGUGGCGAUCACACUCGUACACGAUCCGUCGUUACUUCGAAGGUCGGAGCGUUGGCUGCGUUUACCAAAAAGCGUGACGCUUGUCUCGGGUGUAAAGCUUUGCUAGCAGCUGGACAGGAAGGACGGGCACUUUGUCAGCAUUGUGCCCCGAAAGAGGCGUCCCUCUAUCAGACGGAACUGGCGGCACAACGUACGCUCGAGGAUCGGUUCUGUCGCCUGUGGACGGAGUGUCAACGGUGCCAAGGUUCUCUGCACGAGGAAGUUAUCUGCACCAGUCGCGAUUGUCCGAUCUUUUACAUGCGCACCAAGAUCAAGAUGGAGCUGGAAACGCAGGAAAAGCGUGUGGCCCGUUUCGGUGUACCGUCGUGGUGAAUUGGCUCAAUAAAAC